UUUCAGGGAAAAAAGAGCAGCUGGUCCCUCAUGAAAGUCUUUCUAGUUUGUCUCUUGGCCUGCAUUAUCACCACUGCAGUGGGGGUGCUGGUUCUGUCCUUGGUCUACGUGAACACCACGGCCUACGUGAGAGACCCAGGUGCUCCAGACAAUGGUGAAUCCUCCCCACAUCCAAAUGAAAACAGUGUGGAUGUCAAGUUCCAGUUCCUGAAUCACCUGGGGAAAUCCAAGGUACAUAACUACCCAGGGGGUGAAAUUCAGUGGGCAAGAUUCAGGAAGGAUGUAAACGAAUAUCAGAGUGAGGAAGAAAUGGAAUUUGGAGAGAGCAUCAACCACCAUCGCUCCAAAAUGACUUUUGGAACCUUACGGAUCAAAAGCCAAGGGCUUCGAGCUCCCCACUGGCAUUUUAAUGCCAACGAGCAUGGCUACCUGCUGCAGGGCACUGCCUGGAUCGGAGUGAUUGGUGCAGAUGGCAGCACAGUCAUCACCUACAACGUCACUGCUGGCCAGGUGAUCUUCUUCCCUAGGAACACUGUGCACUGGAUCAAGAAUCCACAAGGUGGAGUCAACUUCAUCAGGACGUUCAAGAAACAAGAAGAAGAUCAAGCAGUUAACCUCCCACCCAACCUCAGUGAGCUUGUGCAAAAUGCCACCUAUGUGCAGUCUCCAGAGAACCUUGUGUGGCAGUACUUCUACAACCUCAAAGGGUCAGCAGAACAUCCUUUUCCAGGAGGAGUCUUCCAGUGGGCUCGCUACAGAAGGAACAGCACAGGGCUCAAUGAAACAGAGAAGAUAUUUAGUGAGUCCCUCCACAGGCACGAGGACACGCUCACCUUGGCAACUCUGAGGAUCUUCAGCAACGGGCUGGGGCAGCCCCAUUUCCACUUCAACGCCAACGAGAUGGGCUACGUCAUCAGUGGCUGUGGGCAGGUUGGAGUUAUUCUCUCUGGAGUCACUGCCAACUUCAACAUUGGCAUUGGAGAUGUCAUAUUUUUCCCUGUGGGAACCCAACAUUACAUCAAGAGCGUGUGCGACGAGGAUUUGCUUCUGAUUCUGGCCUACAGCACAGGGAACCAGCUGGAAACCCUUCGGAUGAACGAGUACUUCCACCAGACAGCAGAUCACAUCCUCGCUCAGCUCUUCUUCAAGAAACAGGAGGAGUUUAAGAAGUUCCCAAGGCCUGCCAAAAAAUGA